CAUCUCCGCUACAUUUAUAUUCAAGUUUUUGAUUUACUGUCAUAAGAUUGGGAGCAAAUUCGGACAAAAUAGAGAAAAUUCCCAUUUAUAUGAUGGGUCCCAUUGAUGCGCGUUUCCUUUUACAUCUUUCUGUUUCUCUUUCUGCCCUUCAGGGGGGUUAGGGUUUGGGGGUGACGGUGCUAUGCUUGAAGCGCUUUAAAAAGAAUCCGCCGUGUCUCUGCUCAUGUCCGAGGUGUGCCUUAGAGAGCCCUCCAGCCUGCCGGCGGCCCGGAGCUACCGAGCGCAGUUUAUUUGAGCGCCACACCACCCCCUGCUGGAGCUUGGAGAGCUGCGCAGGAGGAGGUGUCAGAAGUCUGGGAAACUGGUUUGAAGAGAAAGGCUUCCACGGCAAACUCUUCCUGCUCGCCAUGCAGUAUCUGAGCUCUCGGGACACCUUUUAGAGCUGUUGUCAUCCCCGCUGCUCCCUUCAUUCCGACGAUCACAACUGGUUGUCGACUGGUUUCGGCCAGUUUAGUUUUUUUCUCUUGUGCAGGCACAUCAACAGCAGGCGCUGGGGGUUUUGCCUUUUCUCCAGCUGUGUCAGUGGGGGAGAAUCGGCCCCCUAAUUACCUGGGAGUUUCCCCCUCGACGUCGCGCAGACAAGCGAUAGGGAGAAGGAUCCGGCGGCUCGGCCUCACAGCCCGUCAUCUCUGACGCCGCCCUCGGCAGCGGCUGGUGUCUGAAGGCGCUGCUCAUCGCUUUCAGCUGAACCUCGCAUGGUAGUGUUUGCGUGCAGUUAAUCCUGUGUACCUAGCCUAGGGUGCGCUCGGCGCUGUUCAGUUUGGUUAACGGUUGCUGGCCCUAAAGUCACCAUUACUUAAGUACAGUUGGACCCGCAGUGCAGUACGUGCUCUUUCAUGGCUCUUAUAUGACUCUUGAGAGUAGAAUAGGUUUUUUUUAGAUGUAUAAUGGCGUCUUGUAACAGAUGAGUUCUGCUGGUGUUCCUUUCUCUGCGCCAAGGGUUUCGUCAGCACGGCCAGGUCGUGGAGCGAGAGCUCAGGGGGCGCCAGUCCUGCCUCUCGACACCGGCCGGGCUGCACGUUAGGCUUUGGUGAAUGCUGUCCGAAAGGAAGUUUCUAGGUGUCCCGUUGCAGAUGAGCCCCGAUAUUAGGUUGUUUGGGGGUCCUUGUUCAUUUUUGUCCUAAAAGUAUUUCUCUUUUCGACAAAUCAACUCUCAUGCAAAAUUAAACCUUUAUUUUCGCUAGGCAAUCCCAAUUAAGGCGUGACACAUUUCUAAUAGAUAAAUUUACAUUGAACUGACAUUUUCUGUUUUUCCAAUCAAUAUCUCCUGCCUCAUUUAUUGAAUUUUCCAUCUACUUCUCUUCUUUUACCUCCUGAUUUGCAAAGCAGCUCCGCUGCCAUCGACACACUCCCGUUCCGGAGAUCAUGUCCGGGGCUCAUUAGUGAUAAGGCUCGUUAAGAGUCUGCUAAUCACGGGUUUGCGGUUUCGACCUCCUCGCCUCUGUGAGCCCCCCUCCCCGCUUUCAUUAUUUUCAUCCCUGUUAAUUGCGCAGUGUGCACUGAAAGCAGAGGCAGUACAGGACCCUACCGGGCGAGGGCUGUGUGCGGACGCGCAGGCAGUGGCGAGCAAAGCAAACGACGGACGCCGAGUCUUUCUCAAGCGCCUCUCGAGUCUCUCCGGCACGGCUGUGCGUGCCCAGGCCCUGACACAUGUACAGAUGAGCAUCGCUGCUAAUUGCUUUAACACCUGGCCCUCCCCGUCCCCUCCUCCGCCCUGCUCGCUCGCCGCCGUCCCCUUCGCUGUCAGACCGACACUGACAUGUGUCUAGCAGCGCGCAGAAACCCGUCCCAGCCCACUUGCCCCCCUGCAGCGGCCGGCUUUCUGUGCUUCAGUGUGUGUGUGCAUGUCGGCGAGCGUGUGUGCGCACACUGGUAUUAGCUAAAAAGGAUCCUCCUCAUCUCGUCCUGCCUACUGUAGCUCAGUCUGCGGAGCGGAGAGCAGGACGGACUUCAGCGAUCUAGGAAUCCAGACCGGGAGAUUUCUCUAGUGUUACAUUGGCGUUGCUGGGGGAUUUAAGCCGAGGGGAGUCGAGAUUCUUGGGCACCUUGCUCUCGGGACAAUGUUUCUUGUGCAGUACGCAGGCCUGAACCCACUUUCCUUUGACCCAGCCUCCAACAAUGAGCCUUUGCAGUUCACCAACUCCAGUGGGCCUCUAGUGACAGAUUGCCCGUUAGAGAACGGAGCAGAAAACAGCAAGAAGAGAAAGAGGCCCAGCCUGCCCCCAGAAGGCAUCCGGAACAUGGCCAUGGAUUCCAGCCAGAUGGGAAUGCCGAUGUCUGAUCCGACCGCCUGGGCAACAGCAAUGAACAACCUAGGGAUGCCGCCAAUGGGCAUGACGGGGCAGCCACUCAUGUCAGAUUUUGAUCCAGGUCUUGGCAUGAUGGCUGGCAUUGCUCCGAUGAUGCCCGGGCUGGGAAUCGUACCCCCUCCCAUCUCCCAGGACAUGCCGAUUGUGAAGGAGAUCAUCCACUGCAAGAGCUGCACCCUGUUUCCUCCCAACCCCAACCUGCCACCCCCGGCCACCAGGGAGAGGCCCCCCGGCUGCAAGACGGUGUUCGUGGGCGGCCUGCCGGAGAACGCCACCGAGCAGCUCAUCGUGGAGGUGUUCGAGCAGUGCGGCGAGAUCAUCGCCAUCCGCAAGAGCAAGAAGAACUUCUGCCACAUCCGCUUCGCCGAGGAGCACACCGUAGACAAGGCUCUCUUCCUCUCCGGGUACCGGAUCAGGCUGGGCUCCAGCACGGACAAGAAGGACACUGGGCGUCUGCAUGUGGACUUCGCUCAAGCCCGGGACGACUUGUACGAGUGGGAGUGCCGGCAGCGCAUGCUGGCCCGCGAGGAGCGCCAUCGCCGGAGAAUCGAGGAGGACAGGCUUCGACCCCCCUCCCCGCCUCCCAUCGUCCACUUCUCCGAGCACGAGUGCAGCCAGCUGGGCGAGAAGAUCAAAGAUGACUCCAAGUUCCCAGAGGCGAUCCGCAUUCUGCUGACCUGGGUGGAACGAGGUGAAGUGAACCGGAGAAACGCCAACAACUUCUACUCCAUGAUCCAGUCCUCCAACAGCCACAUCCGGAGGCUCAUGAAUGAGAAGGCGGCACACGAGAAGGAGAUGGAGGAGGCAAAGGAGAAGUUCAAGAACGCCCUGGCUGGGAUCCUGGUUCAAUUUGAGCAGAUUGUGUCUGUAUUCCACGCUGCUUCCAAACAAAAGGCAUGGGACCAUUUCUCGAAAGCCCAGCGCAAGAACCUGGACGUGUGGCGCAAGCAAGCAGAGGAAAUACGAAACAUCCACAACGAGGAGCUGAUGGGAAUCCGCAGAGAGGAGGAGAUGGAGAUGUCGGACGAUGACAUGGAGGAUGUUCCAGAAAGCAAGGACUCCGAUGAGACAGGGCCAGCGGCUCAGGCAGAGGCUCUGAAGGAGGAGAACGACAGCCUGCGCUGCCAGCUGGACGCCUACCGGAACGAGGUGGAGCUGCUGAAGCAGGAGCAGGGGAAGGCGCUGCCGCAGCGCAGCGAGGAAGAUGCCACCCGCCAGCAGCAGCUGAGCUUCCUGCAACAGGCACUGCAGGGCAUGCAGAAGCAACUGCUGAAGAUCCGCGAUGAGCUGACGCAGCGCGAGGCAGAGCUGGAGCGGAGCCUGGAGGAGAAGAAGCUCCUGGAGGCGGAGCUGCAGAGCCUGAAGGACCGGGGGACGCAUGGACACCCGCGCCAGCUGGAGACAGCCGACAGAGAUGACAGAGGGAGCGAUGAGAGCGCUAAUCAAGGCAAUCAGGACAGCGCUGCUCUGACAGCGGCGUCCUGCAGCGCGGAGCGGGACAGCCCCCCCGACAGGAGCCCCCCAGGCCCAGUCCGGUCCGAGAGAGAGGCCUUGCUCGUCGACACUUGGAGGAGUGCUGCAGCACUGCAGGGCUCUCACCUGCUCACAGCACACCGACAGCACAGAGAGAGAGAGGGCUUGCUGUCAUUUGUGCUGUAUCAUCUCCACCUUCCUCCAUGUCCAUCCCUUCGGAGCCAGCAUCGAAUACAUCUGCUCCUACCUGCAGAGGCUCGACACCAAGAUCAGCGCCAGCGAGGUGGAAGCUCUCCUCAGCAGGCUGCCCUGCACAUUCAGGCAGGAGCUGACGGGCGUGGGAGCCAGCCUGGAGAAGAGGUGGAAGUUCUGUGGCUUCGAGGGCAUCAAGACUGCGUAGGGCAGCCGCCAGGAGGGGAGCACGUGGAGCAGAGACAGAGCACGGGCAGGGCGUUUUCAGACACCUGCCCCCUUGCCGGGCACUCCUGGUGGGUUUGGGGUCCCGGCUUCGCUCGGAAGGACGGGCAGACUGGCAGGGCCCGGCAGGGUCUGAGGCCCAGACCCGCGCUCCGCACCGGUGUCUGUCUCCCAGGCCGACUCAGAACUCCUUCGGAUCCUUUUCUUCCUCAAGAUGAGCCUCUAGGCCUGGAUAACAAACAAGACGACGCCAUGAUCAGGGCUUCUGUGGUCCCAAUCUUCUUUCUUUGUAUCUCUUUCUUUCUCUCUUGCUCUGUUCAUUUUGUCUCUCAUUUCUAAUAACAAUAUUUUGGUGUACAGGAUGUUAACUGUUGCUGAGCAGAUUUUGUCACUAGAUAUAUAAAAACUUGAUACUGUAUAUCAUAAAAGAAAAAGGGAAAAUCAUGUAUUGAUUUCUUCCAAUUGA